CGAAGCACCUAUUGUGCAGUAGGUUAUAAUAGGGUAAUUUCCCGACCGGGACCUCUCCCCGCUCUGGCAACACCCUCCCAACGAGUCGGCAAAACAAAAUUCCUGCUCCAGUCCGCGUCCGUAGCCCGCCGCGUCUCAUCGCGUCCCUCGUUUGUAUUAUCGUGUAAAAAAAACAGCCAGUGUCUAAAAAAAUAUCGAAAUUGUGAAGUGCCAGUGCUUUUAGGUUAUAAUCUGUGAUAGUGAUUGUCAUUUUUCCCGCGCGCGCCACCAUGACCUAACUAUGCGUCUGCUCGCACUCCUGGUCGUGCUGAGCCUGUCGCGCGCACGCGCGUGCCCGUGGGCGUGCGGAUGCCGGCCCGCCGCCGCGGACUGCGCGCACCGCUCGCUGCUGCACGUGCCGAAGAAGCUGCCUGUUGAUGCCCACCGACUAGAUCUCCAAGGAAACAACAUCUCUAUAAUUUUCCAGAGCGAUUUUCAGAACUUAAAGGAUUUAAAAACACUGCAAUUAUCCGAAAACCAAAUACACACCGUCGAGCGAGAUGCGUUUUUGGAACUCACCGCAUUGGAGAGGCUGAAAUUGAACAAUAAUCGUCUGGGCCACUUGCCAGAAGGUCUUUUUAUGAGAUUGAGGCAUCUCCAGAGAUUAGACCUAAGCCGUAACGAGCUGACGGCGAUCAGUCGACGAACCUUCCGCGGUCUCUCGGCUCUCAAAAGUUUACACUUGGAUGGAAACCAGCUCAAAUGCAUCGACGAAAAGGCGCUGGAAAACUUGAAAAGCCUCGAAGUACUAACCCUAAAUAACAACAACUUGACGUACCUCUCGCUGGAACCUGCGGCAGUCGCGCGACUACACACGCUGCGACUGACCGACAAUCCAGUCGUGUGCGAUUGUCGAGUCGCACGGUUGGCUAGCGCUGUCAAGAGUACGGGCAUUUUGGGAGUUGGAGCAAGAUGCCAAGCCCCAGCCACAUUAAGAGGAGCUCUUCUGACGGAUCUAGAGGCGCACGAGUUGAUAUGCAGUGGACCAACAACAGCAAUCUCUGGCGAGUGUUCUGCGGAACCUCGCUGCCCUCCACCCUGCCGGUGCACACCCGAGGGUACAGUUGACUGCAGAGAGAAACUUCUUUCGGAGUUACCUUCUACUAUCCCGCAUAGAGCUACUGAAAUCCGUCUAGAACAGAACGAGAUAACCGAGGUCGGCGCCGGCGCGUUUUCGGCAGUGAAGCGAAUCGCGCGCAUCGACCUGAGCAACAACAAGAUCACGAAGUUAGCUGCGGAUGCGUUCACGGGACUAACCCACCUUACUUCUCUGGUUUUAUAUGGAAAUAAAAUCAAAGAGUUGCCUACAGGAAUAUUCCACGGACUUUCCUCAUUACAGUUGUUAUUAUUGAAUUCUAACGAAAUAACCUGCGUACGAAAAGACACCUUCCGAGACCUGCAGAACUUGAAAUUAUUAUCCCUGUACGAUAAUAAUAUCAGGUCUCUCCCUAACGGCACUUUCGCCGCGUUGACCGGCAUACAGACUUUGCACUUAGGUCGCAAUCCGUUCGCCUGCGACUGUUCCCUACGCUGGCUCGCCGCUUACCUUCGCAAAAACCCCAGCCUUGAGACUUCUGGGGCCAAAUGCGACUCCCCGAAGAGGAUGGCUCGAAAACGAAUUGACGCACUCAGAGAGGACAACUUUAAAUGCAAACCCGGCGAAGAGUCAGCCAACGCAUGCGCGGACGCCGCGGCGUGUCCGUCGGCGUGUUCCUGCGAGUACGCCGCGCGCGCCGUCAGCGUGGCGUGCGCACGCCAAGGACUUGUUGAGGUGCCGAGGGAUCUGCCACUUAACACUGAUGCUCUAUUGAUGCCAGACAACAGUCUAGGACAGAUCAAAUCGGACGGCCUGUUUGGUCGGCUUCCAGACCUGAUCAAACUGGACUUCAGAAACAACGGUAUAACAGUGAUUGAAGACAACGCGUUCGACGGCGCUGCCAACAUUCAAGAGUUGUUGCUGGACGGCAAUCUCCUGCAGACGGUUACCGACAAGAUGUUCUUUGGACUUCACAGUUUGGGGACUCUGUCCCUCACUGACAAUAAGAUUAGAUGCAUCACUCCAGCUGCCUUCGAUCACUUAACUAUGCUUUCUACACUAAACCUAGAAAGCAAUCCCCUGGAAUGCAACUGCCAUACAGCAUGGUUGGCGGGCUGGCUGCGCGUGCGCCGGCUCGCCCCGGGAGCCACAUGCGCGUCGCCGCCGCAGCUGCGCCAGGCGCAACUGCACGCGCUCGACCAGGCGGACUUCAAAUGCGAACCGGAAGACAAAGGAUGUUUAGCAGCGGAUUACUGCCCAGCUCAGUGCUCUUGCACCGGUACCGUAGUGCGAUGCUCACGCGCACAACUGACGGCUCUACCCAACAAUAUACCAAGGCAGACGACUGAAUUAUACCUAGAAUCUAACGAUAUAACCGGCAUCUCACCGGAGCAGAUCCAGCAUCUCACGCAACUCACUCGGCUGGACGUAUCCAACAAUAAGAUUGGCGUGCUCGCGAAUAACACCUUCCAGGGACUCACGAAACUAUCGACGCUUAUUGUCAGUUACAAUAAGCUGCGAUGUGUUCAGCGCGACGCCCUCAAAGGUCUGACACAGCUCCGCGUCCUGUCUCUCCACGGGAACAACAUCUCAAUGCUCGCCGACGGAGUUUUCAGAGAUUUGGAGUCAAUCUCGCAUGUUGCCCUUGGCUCCAACCCCCUAUACUGUGACUGCUCGACCCGUUGGCUCUCCGAAUGGGCAAAGAACGCGGGCGAAUACGUCGAGCCCGGCAUAGCUCGCUGUGCCGACCCGCCCGCCAUGAGAGACAAACUCAUACUGAGCACGCAAUCUACAGCAUUCAUUUGCAAAGGCAAGCCCCCAUCCGACAUCGUGUCAAAAUGCGACCGCUGCUAUAACAACCCGUGUCGCAACGGUGGCGCCUGUUCCGCAACCGCGUCAGGUGGCUUCAAAUGCUCUUGCGCACGUGGAUUCCAUGGGGCGACUUGUGAUGCGCAGAUAGAUGCGUGUUAUGGCGAGCCGUGUGCGAAUGGAGUGUGUCAACUGCUUGAGGAGGGUCGAUUCCACUGCUCCUGCCAGCCGGGCUACACCGGCGUGCGUUGUGAGUUCAACAUCGACGACUGCGCCGCACAUCGCUGCCAAAAUAACGCAACAUGCAUCGAUCAGCUAGAAGGGUACUCAUGUCAAUGCGCGCCUGGAUAUAUGGGCGACUUCUGCGAGAAGAAAAUUCCCUUCUGCACAUCUGAGUUCAACCCAUGCGCCAACGGGGCGACCUGCACCGACCACGGCAGCCAUUAUUCGUGCACCUGCCCACGAGGGUACUCGGGGCAGAACUGUACUACUAACGCUGAUGACUGCGUGAAUCAUAUGUGCCAGAAUGGUGCCACUUGCGUAGACGGCCUCGACGAAUACAAAUGCGUGUGCACGGCGGGCUACGCUGGUCGUUACUGCGAAGCUGCACCACACGCCGCUCUAGGAACUUCACCGUGUGCCCAUCAUGAUUGUGUGCACGGAGUGUGCUAUCUGCCCACUGCUGCGCUGGCGUUGCAGGACGACAUUAUGAUGGAGCGCAUGCACAACGCGCCGGGCGACUACCUCUGCAAGUGCGCGCCCGGCUACUCUGGCCGCCUCUGCGAGUACCUCACAUCGCUCACGUUUAACCACAAUGACUCGCUGGUCGAGCUUGAACCACUGCGCACGGCACCUCAGGCUAACGUCACUCUUGUAUUCAGCACAACUCAGCAUCACGGCGUAUUAAUGUACUUCGGCGACAACGAGCACCUCGCUGUCGAGCUGUUCAACGGUCGCAUCCGCAUCAGUUACGACGUCGGCAACCAUCCUACUUCCACCAUGUACAGCUUCGAAAUGGUGUCGGACGGCGCGUACCACAAGGCAGAAUUAGUCGCAGUCAAGAAGAACUUCACUUUGCGGGUCGACGACGGUCCAGCACGCUCCAUUAUCAACGAAGGCAACAAGGAAUAUCUCCGGCUUGAGCGGCCUAUGUAUAUCGGCGGCGUGCCAGAAGAUGUCGCUAGGGACGCCUUCAGCAAGUGGCAUCUUCGUAACAUUACCAGCUUUAAAGGUUGCGUUAAAGAAGCCUGGAUCAACCACAAGCGGGUGGACUUCGUGAACGCGGCCCGCAUGUCGCGCACCGCGGCGGGCUGCGGCGAGGACGAGCCCGCCCCGCAGGCACCUCCGUCUGUGCUUCAGGACACACACCAUUCCCCGGAUCCAUGCGUCCCGAAUCCGUGCGCGCGCGGCGGUCGCUGCGUGCGCGAGGACGGGCCGGCGGACUACUCGUGCCGCUGCCGCGCGGGCACCGCUGGCGCGCAGUGCGAGCUACGGACAUCUAUCGGGGGCGCGCCUGUGAUCACUCAGAAGAUGCCGCAGCGUAAGAUGGCCAUCAACAACGUCCAGGCUUCACCAGCCGCCCCGUCUCACAAACAACAAGCUGAGCACGCGCCCGCCGCCGCACCUAAUGGAGCAUGUAGAAAGGAAGCGACUCGCGAAUACAUAGUGGAGGGUAGCUGCCGCAGCCGCCGCGCUGUACGCUCCGCACGCUGCGCCGGCACUAGGAACGGUUGCGGCAAGCAGCACUGCUGCGCGCCGCGCAAGACCAAGAAGAGGAAGGUACGUGUCUCGCUCUAACACUGUCUCUAGCAUGUGCUGUUUCUCUCGCACUCAUA